ACCAUUAAACGUCUUGUGGUUGCAGUCGGACUCUCAUUCAAGCGGACGUUGUUGCCACAGGCAGCCGCUGGCGUUGUUUUAAUAAGCUGCUGUUUUUUCUCGAAUUCCUACACGAAGAAACCGUGAACGGUUGAUCAGAUCUGAAUACAAUAGAAGACCAGGUUCUCAUAAAACUACUUUAUUUCGAUAUUUCAACUAUCAGCGGGUCGUUCAUUGAUAAUGUACAUGAAACAUCGCCAGCAAAACGCCGAAAGGAUUAGCAUCACUGCCUCGCAACUGAUGAAGACACGCGUUUGACGUCGCUGUUCUCCCUUCAUCAAACCUGCUGCCUCGGGACAUUUUUUUUUAACGGCAUGAUCAAAGCCGAGACGACAUUUGGCAUGUUCACCCUCAUGAGAGAUCUAUCAAGCCGUCUGCGCGCCCUUCGUCGUUCCUCGCAAUGACGGAGCGCUGUCCUUUAGCGGAGAAGGCGCUGUCGGAAGGCUUCGCGCGGCUGCGCUUCAAGGACACCUCGCUGCUGAUCUGGCAGCAGCAGCAGCUGGAGCUGGAGCGAGCGCCUCCCGCCAGCUACCUGAGCCGCAGCCAGAGCUCCCGGUACAGCCGGUACGGCAACCAGUCCGUUGUCAUACGGGACAAAACAAGACUGAAAGACUCCGACAGCACUGGACAGUCCCGGAUUUGUGCCGUGAUGUGAUCCCGGUAUUCUUGUUGUGACUGAUAAUUCGCUAACGUUACACAUUUGAGUGUUACUGUCAAGUUUAAAGUAUUUGUGAUCUGUCCAUAUUUCAUUACUGAAACAGUCGGCUGCUCAUGUUUACAAUGAGAUUCAUGAACAAUGUAUUAUACAGUAUUUUUAACAUUUAACACAGUGCUACAGCAGUAUCGUUGGAGGAACAAUACCUGUUUAUUAUAGUUACAGACGAGUACCAAAACUCAAUUUAACCAACUGAAAAUCUAAAUUUUAACCCAGAUGAAAAGUGAACACACAUUGGAUGUCCCAUUUUAACUCCAUAUAAUCUUUUCAAAGUAUGUUAUCUCUGGUAGCAAUAUUAUUAGACUAUUCUUUUUUCUUUUUUUUUCGGUGCAAAAGAAACAUUUUUAUUACUAAAGACCCAACAUCCAUCCAUCCAUCCAUCUAUCGCACUGCAUUAUACGAGUGGCACAGUAUAAAUAAACGAGAUAUAUCUCGAAUACAUAUGUAUUCCUCACUUAAAAUAUCUCGUAUACAUUACUGUGGGGGGGAAAUUCAUUAAUUUGUUUUAUUUAAUGUAGAAACAUCUACAAUUUUAAAAUGUGAAAUACUUAAGUCCUCACUUAAAAUAGUGUCCACUAACAUAUGAUUUAUAUGUGACAAAGCAAUUUUAAUAACACACUAAUAAUAGACCUUUUAAGUAUGAAGUAUUUUUUUUUUUAUGUUUCCUUUUAUGGAGCUUUGAAGCCUCCAAAAAUAUAAAAAUGUUUGUUAAAUCAGUAUUUAAAUGAGGUUUACAAACUUAAGUUGGUACAUUUUGACAGCUAGACCCCAGUACACUGCUCAAGACAGUAUUUUUCAUUUUGCUCGUUUUAAUGUCUUCUUAAAAAAAAAAAAAAAACAUUAAGUGCACUCAAAUAAAUAUAUAGUAAAAAGACACUCCUAAUGGGUUUUUGUGAUUUAUUUACGAAAAACGAGGGGCUCAGUGUCCAAAUCUCAGAUUAGCUUAUACAUCAGAUAUUACCAUGUAAGUCUCUGCCAAAACAUACUUGUCAACGUGCUUUAACUUGCUGAACUUAACAUAUGCAGUGCUACCAAUUUAAAAAUUUUACUCGAAAGAAUGACAUUUACAUGUUAUAAACUGCUCAAAAAGUUUAAGAAAUAUACUGUAAAUUGGCAUGCAAUACACAAAUGUUUUCUCUCUCUCAUAAAAAAACUAAAAUACUUAGACCCAAGACAGAGUUGACGAAUAAGUAGUGAAUAUACAUUUAUAUCUGUAAUUAUAUAUCCUAUGCAUCUUUAUAUCUCUGUCUGCAUCAUGAAGCUCAGUUUUAUUUACUGGGCUCUGCUGGAGGAAUUGAGGAAGAGGAGCUGUAACAGAAAUCAUCGUUGAGACAAGGUAGGUUAUAGUCACAAGGAACAUGUAAUGCAAUACAGUGCUAUAAUGAAUAAAAUCAAAUCAUAAUUAAAAGCAUCCUACAUAUAAGAAAACCAUUGAAGUCACUUUACAUUAUGAUUUUUUGAUGUGUUUUCAUGAUUAAAAAAUAAAAAAACUAUACACAUUGGCUUUAACUUGUUCAGUUAUACCGGACCAAUCUGACUUUUUUUUUUAAUGUGCCAAUUAAACAUAAGGCAACAUGAGCACAUCCAAUGAUUUUGAGGGGUUCAGAGUUGAAUUCAAGGCUGUUAAAUGAAAUAAAACCUUGUCAAUGCUACAAACCCAGUGAAUGAGUGGAAGUACUGCAGCCACAAGAAGAAAGG